AUGUCUGCACCACAGCGACAAGCCGACCAGGGCUCUGACUGGGUGUCAACCGCAAAGUCGGUCGCCCAGACUGUUGGUAUCUUCAUGUUUGUCAAUUUCGCUAUCAAGCAAGUUACCGGAGGUGUUCAACAACAAAAGCAAGCCGAAAAUGCUCCUGUUCCCACCGUCGCCGCUGGCACCGGCCAACAGGCUCCUGGUUCCUCAUACAGUGCCAUUCCCAACAUGAUCAUGCCUCUAUGGCAGCAAAACACUUCCAUGGACAUCAACAUGUAUGUCUCGCCGUCCUUCGUAAUGCCCGCUCUCAGCCAUAUGCCUGCCGAAUCUCUGGUCCUUCAGGAGCGUAACUACCACUAUGGAGACUGGUCCGACAAGCGUCAAGUACAUACUACCAUCAAGAUCCCUCAGUCGGUGCAAGAGAAUGGAACACUCUGGGCCCAUAUCUAUAUCUCCCAGUCGGGAAGUGUCAUGGACCCAACUCUGCCCGGCUACGAUUCCUUCAAGGCUUACCGCGUUACUCGACCCCUGACAAACUACCUGGCCAAGAAGAAGGUUCACAAGACUCGCAACCUACUCGAUUCCUCUGACGCCGAAGAAGAAGUCGACGAAGAGCCUUCGGGUCCUGUCAUUUCGAACUUCUACCACCCCAACUUCACUCUAUCUAUCAUUCCCAAUGUCGGAACUCCUGUCUACGCCCAGAUGCACCCAGCAAUGCGCCAAUUCGUCUCCCUGGAAGCAACUGGUGCCCGUGACGAAUCUGGUCAGAACGGCUGGUACUACCCCGUGCUCUAUCUAAACACCUUCUGGCAGCUCCGUUCUCAGAUGACCGAGCUCAACUCGACCGUCAAGGAGAUGCCCCUCAACCUCGACCUGCAGACUGAUCCCAACUGGAAGUUCAGCGUCAUGGCAAGCAUGGACGAGGGUAUGAAGGAGAAUGCUAGGAAGAUCGCUCGUGGAGAGACUACCCCUGGGGGUGGUGACGGCAGUGAACUUGAGAUGAUCAAGGAGGUACUUCUCGAUACUAACAUGUACCUCCUCGGCCUCACUGGUUUCGUCAGUGUCUUGCAUAUGAUCUUUGAGAUGUUGGCAUUCAAGAACGAUGUGCAACAUUUCAGAAAAAAGAAAGACAACAUUGGAACCUCAGUUCGCACCAUCCUCGCCAAUGUCUUCAUGCAGAGUGUUAUUUUCCUGUACCUGAUGGACAACAACGAAAACACUUCCUGGAUGAUUCUGUUUGGUCAAGGUAUGGGCAUCGCUAUUGAGGCUUGGAAAGUCACAAAGGCUGUUGAUGUCCGUGUUCGUCCUGCUCCCGAAGGCUCCCUGAUCCCUUAUCGCGUUGUCUUUGAGGACAAGCACAAGCUUUCCGACGCCGAGAAAAAAACUCAAGAGUACGACGAGAUCGCUUUCCGCUACUUGUACAUGGUCGCAGUCCCGCUUCUUCUCGCCUAUGCUGGGUAUUCGCUCGUCUACGAGACUCACAAGAGCUGGUACAGCUUCAUCAUUGCCACUCUCGUUGGCUCUGUCUACGCAUAUGGUUUCCUCAUGAUGGUGCCCAGCUUGUAUAUCAAUUACCGCUUGAAGAGUGUUGCGCACAUGCCUGCAAGGGCAAUGACCUACAAGUUCCUCAACACCUUCAUUGAUGAUCUGUUCGCCUUCACCAUCAAGAUGCCCACACUCCACCGCCUGGCAACCCUGCGCGACGAUGUCAUUUUCUUCAUCUAUCUCUACCAAAUGUGGAGAUACAAGGUCGACCACACUCGUGUCAACGAGUUCGGUCAGGGCGGUGAUGACGAGGAGGUCGAGGAGAAGAAGGCCAACCAGCCCUUGAAGUCUGCACCUGAAGAGGAUGUAGCUCCUGUCAAGACCGAGGCCUCGACCUCUGGCGCUCAGAGCAAGGCUGGUGCUUCGAGAAAGAGAAAGUAG